GGAGGCGUGCGCGGUCCGCGGGGCACGGGCCUCGGCGGUGGGUCCCUCCAGUCCGGGCGCUUCGGCACCUUUGGGUGGAGAUGGAGAGAGGCCUUGAGAGCUGCCGGCGCUCGGAGUCCAACGGCCUCUGGGCACAUCGGAUCACGGCGGUGGAGGAGCUGCAGAGCCGCGUGCAGGAGACCCUGGACCUGCUGUCCCCGCAGGAGCUGAGCAACUUCCGCAUCUUCCUCAAGUCGGUGGACGAGGAGCCGCGCGUGACCCCCUUGCGACUGGAGCUGGAGGGCAAGAACACGAAAGGGCUGGCCCGUCUCCUGGUCCAGCACUACUGCGAGCCCGCCGCUGCGUCGCGCGUCCUCACCAAGGUGCUGCAGCAGCUACGCCGCGUCGACCUGCUCCAGCGCUGGCAGGACGCCGCCGCCGCCGAGGACCGGGGGAUUCCAAGAAAGAUUCUAAAAAGAAGCUAUGAUUGUGUGGAUGGCGAACUGGACUGUUAUGACCUGAGGGGCAAGCGGAAGGCUUUUAUCAUGUGCGUGGAGAAGAACAGACCAGGGGCUCAGCGGGACAUCCAUCUAAUGGAGGAGUGGCUUGGCCAGUGCCAGUUUGAGCAUACACAGUGCAUCGAUCCUAACAAAAUGGUGUUAAUUGAGAAAAUAAGAUCAUUCCGUGAUGGACUCAAUGAAAGUAAAGAUGAUGUUGGCUGUUGUCUUGUUACCCUUAUGUCCCACGGAGAGAAAGGGUUUAUUAAAAUGGAAGAUGGUGAAAAAGUCAGCCUGGAGGACAUUUUUGAAAUGUUUAAUAAUAAAAAUUGUCCAGCACUUCAGGAGAAACCAAAGAUCUUUAUCAUCCAGGCCUGCAGAGGAGAGAGAAGAGACACCGGUGUUGAGACAGACGAUGAACCCAUGGAGUCUGACGACAUAUCCGAGAGGAGGAGGCUGCCCACCUUCAGUGAUUAUUUCAUCAUCUAUCCCACCCAGGCAGAUCACGUUGCUUUACGGCACCCUCGCACUGGUUCCGUGAUGAUUGAAGCGAUGUCUAAAGUCUUUAAACAGUACGGAAAUAAGUGGCACAUCGCUGACUUCUUCACCAAGGUGAAUAAUAGAGUGGUACACACUGAAUUUCAUCUACAUGAAGAACCAAUUAAAGUAUCACUCGUCAUGGAAUCAACUUUAACUAAAUUUGUGUACUUCUGA